AUGAAGACGUGGACGUUAGGGCCCUUACUGUUGUCCCUGCUCCUGCCCUGUAUGCAAGGAAAUGAGGAGGAUAUCCGAGCAGGUUGCAGCACGGUGGCGAACGACCUGGUGUUCCUCAUUGACGGCUCUGACAGCGUGGGCACGGCCAACUUCGAGACGGCUAAGCGCUGGCUCGCCAACAUCACCAGCGGCUUCGACCUGGGCCUGCACCACACGCAGGUGAGCGUGGUUCAGUACAGUGACACGCCCCGCCUUGAGAUCGCACUGGGCAAACACAGGAGCACUGCCGAGCUGGUCACCGCCAUCCGCGCCAUUGGCUACCUGGGCGGCAGCACCCAGACGGGCCGGGCCAUCAAGUUCGCCACCGACCACGUCUUCCCCACCUCCGAGCGAGCCGGCGCCACCAAGAACCGCAUCGCCGUGGUGCUGACGGAUGGCCGGUCGCAGGACGACGUGGUGGACGCCGCCGCCGAAGCCCGGGCCCACAGCGUCGUCUUGUUCGCCGUGGGCGUCGGCGGUGAGGUGGCCGCCUCCGAGCUGGUGUCCAUGGCGACCAAGCCGCCCUCCACGUACGUGCUGCACGCCGAGGACUACGCCACCAUCGGCCGCAUUCAGGAUGUGAUGGAGCAGCGGCUGUGUGAGGAAUCGGUGUGCUCUGCACGGAUUGCUGUUGGAUCCAGGGAUGAGAAGGGGUUCGAUCUGCUGCUGGGGAUGAGGAUCAAUGAAAAGGCCAGGAAAGUCCAGGGCUCGCUGGUGUCAGAGGGAGCAUACCUGCUGAGUCCUGGGAUGGAUAUUACCAUGGACACCAGAGAGAUCUUCCCAGAGGGUCUCCCUCCCUCCUACGUGUUUGUGGCGACCCUUCGACUGAAGGCCCCGACCAAUCGGGAGAGCUUCCACCUGUGGAGGAUCCAAUCGAGGGGGGGCCUUAUCCAGGCUGCUGUGACACUGCAUGGGGGGGACAAAUCCGUCACCUUCACCACCACCAACAGCAUCUACGAGGAAGAGCAGUUUGUCAUCUUCAAUGACCGUGGCAUAAAGAGACUCUUCGAUGAGAACUGGCACCAGCUGAAGCUACUGGUCAAGCCCAGGCGCAUCAUUUGUUUCCUGGACGAUGCAAUGAUCGAGGAGCAGCUCCUGGAACAUGUCCUGCCCAUCUACAUCAAUGGGAAGAUGCAGGUCGCUGUGGAAACCAAGGAAGAGACCACAAUCUCUAUUGAGAUUCAGAAGCUGAGGAUUUACUGUGACCCUCAGCAAAGUGAAAGAGAGACAGCCUGUGAAAUCUAUUCUGUGGAGGAUGACAGGUGUUCCCCAGACCGCUCCCUCGGUGUGGAAGAGUGCCACUGCCCAAAUGGGAGCCCUGGUCCUCCCGGUCUCCCGGGACCCAUGGGUUUUCGAGGUGAGAAGGGGAGGGAAGGACCCCCAGGCCCUGAUGGUAAGCCUGGGAAACCAGGUGAACGUGGAGUACCUGGAGAACUGGGGCCAUCUGGGGAGAAGGGUGAAAUUGGCCAGCAAGGGCCAAAGGGACACCCUGGCCUGAAGGGGAUGAAGGGGGACAGAGGGAUGCAGGGAAUGCCUGGGAAGCCUGGCCCACCAGGGCCUACGGUUGGUCACGGGGAAGUCCAGGUGAAUCAGGUGUGCCAGGACUACCUGGGCUUCCUGGACCCAAGGGAGAACCAGGGUUGCCUGGAAACCAAGGACCACUCGGACCUGUGGGACAGAUGGGAAUCCGUGGCUUACCUGGACCGGCUGGACCGAUCGGACCUCAGCCCAAUGUGUAGGGAAAAGAUGGUGCAGAACCAUGGGGUGUUCACAGCUCCUGGCAGCUCAGGAGAGAGAGGCCCAGCAGGCAGUCCUGGGCAGCCUGGACCAAAGGGGAACGAGGGAGAACAAGGAGCUCAGGGGUUUCCGGGACCGAGGGGGAUGCCAGGAUAUAAAGGGCAUAAAGGUGAAGGUGGAGACCCUGGUCCUAAAGGAAGUCAGGGUGACAGAGGAAGAGACGGUGGUCCCGGAAGCCCUGGCGCUCCUGGUGAAGCUGGGCUUAAAGGAAGCAAAGGAGAGAAAGGAGUGGCGGGAGACCCUGGAGCCAGGGGGAGUGAUGGGAAGAAAGGAGAUGUGGGGCCCCUUGGAACCGCCGGACCCCGGGGGUCCCCUGGCCGGGAUGGGUUACCAGGGCAGCCAGGCGUGCCUGGGUAUCCGGGGAAACCGGGGAAGCCACCCUCCGAUGAGCAUGUUAUGAAGCUAUGUGCUGCAGUGCUGCAGAAUGAGCUGCCUCAGCUUUUGCAGACAAUGGCGCCCUUAAGUUGUCAGCAUUGUGAGACCAAGCAGGGACCACCAGGAGAGCCGGGCCCCCCUGGGCCCAAGGGCCCUUCUGGACCCCCUGGGUACCCUGGAACGGCUGGCUCACGGGGGUACCCAGGGUCCCCAGGCAGGCAAGGACCCCAGGGUAUCAAAGGUGACAUUGGACCAAUGGGAUUAAAAGGUUCAAAAGGAGAGGGUGACACAGGGUUACCAGGCCCUCCUGGUCCUGCAGGGCUUCAGGGACCUCGUGGCAUUGAUGGAGAGGGUCACCCCGGGCCAGCUGGCAUCCCUGGCAAACCGGGGAUGCCCGGUAUCCCAGGGAAACAGGGCCCGCCAGGGCCAGCAGGGAUGUGUGACAUCUCCUUGUGCUACCAGGUCAACAGCCUCAGGGACGGGCGCUUCAGUAAAGGGCCCAACUCCUAG